GGGGUUCCAGUUAUCUGACUCGGUCAUUGUAGGUGAUUUAAUCACCAGGCAAUCAGCCGUUACUUAACCUGUGUACCUUUUUUUUUAACAAGAAACCUUUUUAUUCUUUACUGUCUGUCCGAUGCGUGAAGCGUUUGCCCGUCAGUCCGCUGUUGACCUUUGUGAUUCAACUGACUCUAGUCGACGAAACAGCGAAGAGAUUUUUGACGGUCCAUACUACAGCACCAUAGACGACUUAUCUAGUGAUGGUGACUAUUUCUCUCCGACGGAAGCCUCCCCUACCGUCAUCCAGCUCAACCAAGAAGUCCAUAUUGAUCAGAGCCGGCUUCUUCCGUCCGCCUCCACCUCCUCCACCCAAGAAGACGCUUCUUAUGAGGCUAAGGAGACUAAAGACCCCACCACCAUCGGGCAAACGGCCGGCCAAACCGAAGCCAAAACCACCCCGCCCCACCCACAACAAAAAGAAGCAGCACAAGAAGAAGAAAAAGAGGCCUCAGUAUCAGUAUUAUUAUCGCCCUCAUCCAUGUGCGAUGGUCUUUUGCGGAUGCGUGAGGAUCUACUGGUGGGCAGCGACAACUUGCCUAAUGUCAAUAUUUGCCGGCUUGACGACUUGCGCGAGACAAUCGCUCGGUUGCGGAAGGAGACGCAGGUAUUGGAGGAGACGGACAUGAUUUUGAAGACAAAGAUUGCUUAUGUGGCUGAUCGGCGAGUACGAGUCAGACAAGAUAUUUUAGAAGAUAUGGCUAGCUGGGAGUUUGUAUAAUGAAUGGGAUAUUUGGAGUUUUUUUUUAAUAGGAUGGGCGCUUGUAUACAGUAGUGUAGUUAGUGUACUUUUAGUUUUUCUCUCAAAUAUGACACAUUAUUUGAAAUUAUAUAAUAUGCCACCUUCAGAAUCAGUAAACAACCGCUGUGAGUUGCAU